AUGAAGCGGCAGCGCAAUAGUGAUUUAAAGCGGCUUGGCCCCGCUGCUCCCGCUAUGCGCCGCAGCCACGUUUUUCGAGAUGCUCGCCAGGCGGAAACACAAAUUAAAGCCGAAAAGCUCAUACAAGAUGCGGUAGAUAUGCAGCGUUUCUACUCACCAGGUGGUGGUAACAGCAGCACGGCACGCCUCACAAUUUACAGUAAUGAGGAGUUAGCCAUUUACCGGCAGAAAACUCGCUCAGAGCUCGAAGAGCGGGUUAAACGUGGCUAUACUUUUGUGGGUAAUUGGAUCAAGUACGCCCGCUGGGAAGCACAACAGAAGGAUUUUGAACGGAUGCGGGCCGUUCUGCAGCGUGCGAUUGUGGUGCAGGGCGAAAACCCGAAUUUCUGGCGGGAUUACGCCGAGUUAGAGGCUUCAAACGGUUUUGUCCAGCAGGCCCGCGAGGUGUACAGUCGCGCUGUUAACAUACUACCUCUUAGCACGGACCUCUGGCUCAAGUACUUAAUCUUCGAGCAGGCAGCGGGCGAGGACGGGAAUGUGCGGGAUGUGUUUAAUCGAUGGGUUUCCGGUGAAAGCCCUUCGGACUGCGCUUUUGAGCUCUACGCCCUCUUUGAGGCUCAGUGCGGCCAUUGCGAGGCGUGCCGGGAUGUGCUGCGGCGGUAUGUCGAGGCGCGAAACACCCCCGAGGCGUGGAUCCUCUUUGGGCAAGUUGAGCGGUACGUUUUCGGUGACGGGCGGCGGGCGAUCAGGACGCUCCAAACCGCACUUGAGGCCCUCCCAGAUGAGUUCUUAUGGGGUCCUGCACAGUGCCGCGUUCCCUUGUUUCUCGCGGAGGUGAUGGUGGAGGAAUCCCAGAUAUCGGAGGCUCGCGCCAUGUACCAGACCCUUCUUCGUAAUCUUUGCUGUGAUGACCGGCGGGGGGAUCGCGGCGGUAGUCUGGCGGACCUUGUCCUCAGCGCUUACAGCUCCUUUGAGCGACUACAUGGCGAUCGGGAGAACUGCGAGGCCUUAUCCCGUUUCUCAGCCAAGCAUCUGUACGAAAGGAGGCUGAAAGACGACCCCGAAGACAUCAGCGCCCGCAUAAGUCUGUACUUGCUGCUUCGGGAGGAGGAGGAGGAGGGGGAGGCGGGUUCUGGGAUGGCCGAUCGAUCCAAUUCCCUAGCCCUGGCAACGACGCCUCCCGCGGCGGCGGCUUUAACCUCUUCACCGAAGCCGAACACGACGUCGAUGCAGUGCCUAAAAGGGGUUCUUCGCACCGCGGCAACGCAGCCGGAUCGUGCGCAGCAACGAGCGGUGCUACUGAUGGAGUACGCCCGGCGUGCGGAGGCGGGGGGCCAGAUGAAAACCGCCCGGCAAGCCUUGAUGAAGGGGAUUGCAGAGUUCCCUUUCGAAGAGGCGACCUGCACCCGGCUGUGGUUGGAGGCGGCCGCCUUUGAAGAGCGUCAGGGCGAGUUUGAUCGCGCGCGCCGCCUGCUCAAAGACGCCGCGGCUGUUUGCCACGACCCGACCAUCUUCAGCUCCUCUAUUCGUCUGGAGCAUCGCGCGCUCGAACGGGGCGCCGUUGCCGGCCACGCAGAGUACCUCACGCGGGUGCGGCGAAUCUACCAGGACGCCCUACGCGCCUUUCCAACCCACGAGGAGUUGUGGUUUGGUUUCGCUAAGAUGGAGGAAAAGGAGGGCCAAGUCGCGAAAUCCCACGCCCUUUAUAGCGCGUGUGCUAAAAUGCUCACGGCGGAGGCGGCCAAGACGAAAUCCUACGCCGAGCGGUACGCGUUGCUUGGCCGGGUGGAUCGCGCCUGGGCGCACCGCAUCGCCCUCCAGACGCGCCUGAUCAAGCGUCUCCAGGCGGCUGUAAAAUCUGCCGAGGCGGCCUCCAUGCCCUUAUCCGAGGUCGAUGACCUUGCCGGGAGACUUCGCAAGGCAAGAAGCGACCUUCAUGAGGUCUAUCUGGCCCUGCUCGACAGCGUGUGGAGGGACUACACCUACGAGGCGGUGGCCUGGAAAGGGACCUACGAGCAACAACAGCCCUUAGACAAUCAAGGAGAAAGGCAUGCAGGGGUGAUGGGGAUGGAUGGCGGUGCGCCUGGCGAAGACUCGCGGGCGCUCGUUCCGCCACCGCCAAGCCUUCCCGAUACGCUGGCUCCCGCGAUGGCGCGUUGGUCGGAUGCCGUCUCCGCCGUCAAGGGUUUUUUCGUUUCCAAAGAGGGUGGCGAUGCGUUCCCUGUUGAGCAGCCGGAAGGGCACUUGGAUGGUCCGUCCAAUGUGCAGACACACCAGCACAACUCUCACCUCUUGCUUAUGCGGGAUCUUUUCAAGUCGAUGAUCGCGAAGCAACGGGAUGUUCUACGGUGUACAUUGGGCUAUACAAAGCUGACCGGAUUUGAUGCUGGCGAGUUAAUCAACAAAUGGGUGGAGUUGCUUCUAUCGCCACUGCUGCACGAGUGGAGCGCGUUUGAGGCGUUGGAGGGUGGGUCGCUGGCGGCAGUGAAGGAGCAUGUGAGCGCACCUGUUAAGCGGCGAAGAAGGCUAUUUGUGAAGUAA